AUGGAGAUGUUGCCUCAGUUUAUGCAUACUCCAUUGUCUCAUAAGCUGUCCAAAAGGGUAAAAUCUAGACCAGCAUUCAUAGUUUCCAUUAUUAGAUUAAAUGAAGGCGUACAUGAAACAAGAAAAACCCAUAAUUGGCCAAACCAAAUUCAACUUCCUACAUUCAUGAAACCAAAAUUAUCUUUUCAGCCAGAGUUUAGUAAAAAAUUGUCUGAGCUGAAAUUACUUGAAAAAUUACUUAAAACAUUUGAUAGAGCAAUCAUCAAAUUCAUUGACCCUCCUCUUCACCUAUCCGUUGACCCGAGCUACAUUCUAUCUGAUAAUUUUGCACCAGUUGAUGAGUUGAGCCCAACUGAAUGCAAGGUAGUACAUGGGUCAAUCCCUAAAUGCCUUGAUGGUGUGUACAUACGAAAUGGGCCAAAUCCACGAUUUGUCCCUAAUGGGCCACACCACUACCUUGAUGGCGAUGGGAUGUUGCACUCCAUUAAGAUCUCUCAAGGCCUAGCCACUUUAUGCAGCCGCUACGUGAAGACAAAUAAGUAUCUUUCUGAGGACAAAGCUAGAUCCUGUGUAGUACCCAACAUUAUUGGAGGUAUGCAAAGUGCCGGUCCCUUUAUUGCUCGCAUGGCAUUGUUCUGUGCAAGAAUUAUAUCAGGGCAAUAUGAUAUUGAAAAUGGCAUUGGUGUUGCUAACACCAACUUAGCCUUUUUUGGUGGCAGUUUGUACGCAUUAUGCGAAUCUGAUCUUCCCUAUGCAUUAAAAGUCCAAGAAAAUGGUGACAUUAUAACUUUAGGUCUCCAUGAUUGCAAUGGGAAGCUUUCCAAAAACAUGACUGCUCAUAUAAAGAUCGAUCCAGAGACUAAAGAAGCUUUUGCAUUUCGUUACUGGGCAACGCGUCCGUAUUUGACUUACUUUCAUUUUGAUGCAAAUGGAAAUAAGCAACCUGAUGUCCCCAUCUUCUCUAUGGACCAACCAUCGUUAACUCAUGACUUGGCUAUCACAAAAAAGUAUGCGGUAAUAUGUGAUAUUCAACUUGGAGCGGAUCCAAUGAACCUUAUCCGUGGAAGACAUGUUGUAAGCAUAGAUCGUGCAAAAGUUCCAAGAAUCGGUCUUCUUCCAAGAUACGCAAAGGAUGAAUCCAAUAUGAAAUGGUUUGAUGUGCCCGGAUUCAAUAUAUUUCAUGCCGUCAAUGCAUGGGACGAAAUGGAUGAUGAAGGCAAUGAGGUUGUGGUGAUGGUUGCACCAAAUAUAUUGUCCAUGGAGCACUUCUUGGAACGGGUCGAUUUGAUCCAAACAUCAAUGGAGAAAGUAACCAUUAACAUUGGGACCGGGGUUGUUUCUAGACAAACUUUAUCUACUGAUAACUUGGAGUUUCCUGUCAUCAAUCCAUCUUACAUUUCAAAAAAGAACAGGUAUAUUUAUGCAGCAGUUUGUGAGAAAACGCCAGUAAAAUCAAGGAUGAUGAGGACAAUAGGUGUGGCAAAACUUGACAUUACAUUGUCUGAACCACAUGAGUACACGGUGGCUAGUCGGAUGUAUGGAGAUAAUUGUUAUGGUGGUGAACCUUUUUUUGUUGCAAGAGACCCAGAAGAUUUGAACGCGGGAGAGGAUGAUGGGUAUCUAGUUUCAUAUGUGCACAAUGAAACCUCGGGUGAGUCGAGGUUCUUGGUGAUGGAUGCCCGGUCACCAACUCUAGAUUACGUUGCAGCUGUAAAUCUGCCGCAACGAGUGCCUUAUGGUUUACAUGGGAUUUUUAUUAGGGAAAAGGACCUCGUUUGAUGAAAAUGUGAUCACUCUAACUUUAUCAUAUAUAUUGUUCCUACCACCGGUAUAGGAUUUUUUUAAUAACACAGCAGAGCAGAGGGUAUGUAGGUUUUUGUGCUUUUUAAAUAAGAUCUACUAGUAUUUAUUAGGUGUUGGUGCAAUGGUGGUUUGCAGUUUUAUUGAGGAAUACAAAUCAGAUGUGUGAUAUGAAGUUAUGGAAAUAUGAACAGGGCCAGUGAUGAGCCUUUGACAA